GCUGCUUGAUGCCUAUUUUAGUCAAAACCUCCACUCCACUCGGAGGACGAACCGAGCACCCUUCCCUUCAGGCUCCUCUAGCAGGCGCAGCGGAGGCACAGGGCGCUCCCGUAAGGAGCGCGCCGGUGCUGACCGCCACCUUCGAGUCGAACGCUCUGGAGAAGGCGCCUGGCAGCGGCGACGCGGACAGAGCAACACUUUAAAAUAAAACAUCUACUUGCAUGUAGCAAAUAUAUUUAAGGCACUAAACAUAAAAAAUUAUGACUUUGUGGUUUUAAAGAUCUGGUUCAAUCAAUGAAUGAUGCCACAUGAUGAUUUAGUAUCAUGAAUCCAGACAUAGUGUGAAGCUAGUUCAAGAUGAACUUCAUCGAAGCCAGUUCAAUUACCACAGCCCCAUUAAACUUCAACCUGGACUUCAGAAAUGCCACCUCUGUGCCUUUGAAUGAAACUGUAUGUGAAAAUUGGAGAGAGAUCCAUCACCUGGUUUUCCAUAUGGCCAAUAUUUGCUUUGCAGUUGGGCUGGUUAUUCCAACAACUUUUAAUCUCCAUAUGAUUGUUUUACGAGCUAUGUUGUCAAUGGGGUGUGUACUUUUUAUCAUCUGGGCAGCCCUUUUUCGUUGUGCUGUGGAUAUGGUAAUCUGGAAUGCAGUAUUCCUUGUUGUCAAUUUUCUGCAUUUUAUAUACUUGCUGUACAAGAGGAGGCCGAUAAAAAUAAAUAAAGAGCUCAGUAGCCUAUACAAGAGAAUGUUUGAACCACUCCAUGUUCCUCCAGAGCUAUUUCAAAGAUUGACAGGACAGUUCUGCAAUAUUCAGACUCUAAAAACAGGUCAAGCAUAUGCUGCAGAAGAUAAAACUUCAGUGGAUGAACGAUUAAGUAUUCUACUAAAAGGAAAAAUGAAGGUCUCCUAUAGAGGACAUUUUCUGCAUAAUAUUUACCCAUGUGCCUUUAUAGAUUCUCCUGAAUAUCGAUCAACUCAGAUGAAUCGGGAUGAGAAAUUCCAGGUGUCAAUUACUGCUGAUGAUAACUGCAAAUUCUUAUGUUGGUCCAGAGAGAGAUUAGUGUAUUUUCUAGAAUCAGAGCCAUUUCUUUUUGAAAUAUUUAAGUAUCUUAUCGGAAAGGAUAUUACAAACAAGUUAUACUCAUUAAAUGAUCCAACCCUAAGUGAUAAGACAUCCCAAAAAAUAGAUCGCCAGCCCAGUCUGUCUUCCCAACAGUCUGUGAUGCAAAUGAGGAAUAGCAUGGCAAGUUCAAGCGAUGGUGAAGACGGAUUGCAACAUUUUCUCCGUGGAACCUCUAUUGCAUCUACCCUUCGCCAACCAUCUCCUUGUUUAAGAACAUCAUCCAAAAUGAAACCAAUUGAAGAAAGUGUGGAAGACGAUGUCUUUGAAGCUCCAUCUGCCACACCAUUUAAAGAUCAUGAGUGACUUCACAGGACAUUCAUGCAUUUGUUCAGAAGAAUUGCAACUAUAGAUGAUGGCUUUGUUAUUUGUGCUUUAAUUUUAUCGAUCUUUUGACUUUGUAGUAUCUAUGAGCAAACUUUCACCGAUCACUCAAACUGUAGUAACCUCCACUCCAACAAUCUUGUUUGUUUCAAUACAACUAAAAGACCUAAUUGGGGCCUCUUUAUUCUUGAAUGAAUGAAAUAUGAGGAACUAUGUGAGGAAUGGAGCAACUAUAUAUACACAGGGCAUUUAUGCACACAUCUGGCUCCUGUUCUAAAGUAAAUGGCAGCUUUCACAGCAUCUGGAGAGCUACAGGUGCAUUAGCCUAGGCCAGGGCUGUCAAACUCAUGACUCACAGGUUGGAUGUGUCAUGCGCUGGCCAUGCCCAUGCCCAGUUUGGCGAAGAGGGGAAAAGUCCCAAUAUGUCACAUAACACCACUGUGACGAUGCGAGUUUGACACUCCUGGCCUAGGCACAUAAGGGCGUUAACACAUAAUUACAUUGCAAUGAACCAGGUGGAUUAUAUGGAAAGUAGUCCCAGCAAAAUAUGUUUUUAGGCAAUAAGUAGGGUGUGAUUCUAAAGAGACUUAGCAGUGAUACAUCUGCACAAUAUCAAAAAUGUAGGUUUACUACAGUAUUGACCUGUAUCUCAUAAAUAUUAAAACCUUGGCAGCAGUAACUUGUUAAAUUAGCAAUGGAGAGGGUAGUUUCUAGCAUCCUUUCCUGUCUUGAAUUGGAAAAUGAUUACUAUUGUCAAAAACAAAAGUUCUGAUUAGGUAUUGUGUAGUAUGCUACUCACAUUCUGGCAUGUGUAUAAGUGAGCAGUUCUCAUUUUUCCUCACUUCCUUAUAGUGUCAGUAGGGUUGAUUCCAAGCAUACUUUUACACAUAAUUCUCUCUUGAUGAACUGGAACCAAUAAUGUUACAAUCAGCAGUGAUUAUGGUUCUUUUGGAUCAGUUUUUUUUGUGUGUGUUUAUACACACACACACACACACACACACACACACACAUAUAUGCCUUUAGGUGUGGCACAAUUGUGUUCAAAUAUUCAAAUAAAAGGUGUCUAUUGUAAUUAAAUUUGAAGCCUAAGUUAUUAGUAACUUUAAAACAAUAGACACCUUUCAAUGUCAUUUAUUUAUUGAAUUUAUUGGGGAUUGUUUUUAUUAUAUUUAUGUAGUGAAAAUUUUACACUAACAUCACUGAGUUAUAAACUAAACCUAUUUUAUAUAGAAAUAAGCAAGCAUACUUCCUAAAGACAGAAGCCAUCCAAGCUUACUAUUCUUUUAAAGUUUAUAUUAAUAUAGGAUUACUGGCACCAAAGUUAAAAUGAAUUUACGUGGCAUAAAAAUAAUACAAAGUUUGAGAUGGUCUCUUUCCAUCUUACCUAAUUCUAAAACAUAUUGGGAAGAUAAUCUUCCCCCCUUGAAGGAGAUGGGCCAUCUAAAAAUAUGAAAUACAAAUAAAUAAAAUGAAUACUAUGAGCAUAAAUAAAUACUUGCUUAUUAUUUACCUUUUUAUUAUUUAUUAUAAAUAAUAAAUGAUAAACACUUUUAUUCCCAUUCUUUAAAACUUUACAAUACAAUGCUUAAUUUUUUUCACUGAAAUUGGUGAUAGAUAACAGUAUUUAAUUUUAUUGUAAUAUAGCUGAUUCAGAAAAUAACUAGAAAUAGUCAUCUAUGGAGCUUGCACUGACAAGCAUCUUAAGGAAAAAGCUCUAAGGUAAAAGAAAAUACAUUUGUUAUGACAGAUGGCUCUAAAAUCAGCAAUUAUUUAUGUGAUAGCUAUCUUUGAAGAUCUUUGUAUACUGCACAGCUUUUGAAAACGGAAGUUUAGCAUUAAAAAUUCAAUGGUCAGUUUGUGACAUGGAACAAGUUUAUUUUUCUAGGUAUUUAAUUCUUUUGAUAAGAUGCUGCCAAAAUUGUAUCUCUGAUUAUUAUUAUUAUGGAAAAAAUGUACAGUUAUACAAUUCAGACAUAGUAAGUACUAGACUGGAUAAACCAAAACAAUUUUUUUAAAUGUGAAUUUACUAUGGUGCCAUUAUAAUUCACUGUUAUAAUUUCUGAUCAAGCUUGAACUGGAUUGAAUGUUUCAAACCUGAACAUAGGAGAAAAAAUGUAUAUAACUUUUUGGUACAAUAAAACUGUUAAAGAAAAGCAUAUGAUUUCAAAACUAAAUGUUUCUCUAUAUAAGCUCCCCUUCCAACAACCAAGCAACAGUUACCAUGGCCUAUAUGUGCGAUUCUCAUGGUACCAUGGCUAUAUUUUUAACCAUUCAGUGAAAUUAACCUUUGUGGCUGUAAUGGAUUUUUCCAAUGAAUUCAUUCCAGCAUUAGAAGUUACAUUUGGUUAUUGACAGGUUUGCCAUUAACAUUACCAAAUUAUAUAAUUAACAUUAACUCUGCACAUAAUUGAUUAGUCAUAAAGUAGCAACAUUGCUAUUUUGCCUGUUUCCUUUUCAAAUUUUCCUGGCUAAAUUUAUGAUUUUCCUUGCAACAACGUGUAAUAAAGUUUUUCAA